UUUCGCUCUCGCUCUCUCUAUCUCUCUUGCUCUUUCUGACGUACAUUGACUGCAUAUCUAAUCUACCUAUUUGCUUGCAAGCUAAUACUGAAGAAAAAGAGAUAUGGGUAGACAGAGAGAUCAAUUUUGGGAUUAUGCUGAGAAAUUAAAUGACCGUUUCAAAUGUAAUUAUUGUGGACGAGAUUUUCCCGGAGGUGCAUCAAGGAUUAAAGCACACUUGGCCGGAGUUCCAGGUCAUGACAUUGUGGCAUGUAAUGCUGUGCCUCAAGAUGUUCAAGAAAAAGCUCAAGCAACUCGAAAAAAAAGAGAAGCUCAAGUAACUCAAGGGACCAACAAAAAACUUAAAAGUGUACCAAACUCAACUCCAAAAUCAAAAACUAAGGUUGAGGAAGAAUAUAGGGCUGAAAUUAUCCUCAAUGAUGUUGUGGACAGAAUAAUAGCCAAUGUGUCUUCACUUGCCACUGAGCAUAUCGAUUUUGACUUGAGUUUCAAGGUGGAGUUGAUAAAUCUUCUUGAAACAUUAUUCAAGAUUAAAUUUGUGUUAGGUGAUGCUCAAAAGAGGCAAUCAAGUGAUGAGUCUAUGAGGAUAUGGUUAACGAACCUUAGAGAUGAAGCUUAUGAUGCCGAUAAUGUGCUAGACAAAUUUAGCUAUGAGAGUUUUUUGCAAAAGGUACAGAUUCAAAAUCAAAUGAUGGAUCAGGUAUGUAACUUUUCAUUAUGCAAUCUUGAUAAAGUUAAGAAAAUCAAACCAUUGUUGGAUAAAAUUUUGAAUGAUGUAGCUGACUCUGGUCUUAGAAUGGAGUUGGCGAAUUCAAUCCCCAAAAUUAGCUUGGGCAUGAAUAUAGACCCCCUCCUCAAUGAUUCAGAAUUUGUUGGAAGAAAACAAGAUAUCAAAAAAAUAGUAAACUUACUUAUUAGUUCAAGCAAUCAACAUGUUAUCUCUGUUUUCCCUAUAGUGGGUAUGGCAGGUAUUGGAAAGACAACUUUAGCAGAACUUGUGUAUAACAAUGAACUGAUAAAGAAACAUUUUGAUGUACUAGCAUGGGUAAAUGUCGGUAAAAAUUUUGAUGUUGAAGGGAUUUUAAGAGAUAUUCUUAAAUCUCUUGGAGAAGAAGAAUUGGAUGAUUUAGAAUAUGAUGAAGUACGUGAAAGAUGUGCAGAAAUUUUGGGGGGGGGAAAAUAUCUUCUCAUACUUGAUGAUGUGCAGAAUGAAGAUCCUAAGAAAUGGGAUACUUUAAAGGGUAACUUAUUAGAGUUUAAUUCCAAUACAGGAAAUAAUAUUGUUAUUACAACUCGUAGUGAUAAUGUGGGGCAAAUCAUGAAGAUACAUCCCCCACAUCACUUAGAGAAGUUAUCAAAAGAUGAUUGUUGGUCUAUAAUGAAAAAAAGAACAUUCAUAGAUGGAAGAAUUCCAUUAACUUUAGAUUUGGAGGUUAUUGGCAGGGAAAUUGCUAAAAGAUGUGGAGGGGUUCCAUUGGCUGCAAGAAUUUUAGGGGGAACAAUGUGCUUUCAAUUUGAGAAAAACAAAUGGCUGGAGAUUCAAAAUAAUAAAAUUUGGGAUUUGUUGGAAGAAGAUAAUAGUGAUAUGUUUCCUGUGCUUAAGUUAUGCCUUGAUCUUCUUCCAACACCAUCUUUAAAACGAUGUUUUGCAUAUUGUGCAAUAUUCCCUAAAGAUUAUGACAUGAAAAAGGAUGAAGUAAUUCAGUGUUGGAUGGCUGAAGGGUUCCUACUAACUAAAGAAGCUAAUAUGGAGACGGAAGAUAUUGGUAACAUGUAUUUCAAUAUUUUGUUGGCCACUUCCUUUUUCCAAAAUGCUAGAAAGGAUGCCUACUGUAAUAUUAUUAGCUGCAAAAUGCAUGAUUUGGUGCAUGACUUUGCACUCUCAAUUUCAAAAUUUGAAACUCUAAUCUUGGAGGAAGAUUCAGUGGAUGAUGGUAGUAGCAUACAACAUUUAUUUGCCCGACUUGAUGGUAAAACAACACUAGGAAGUUCAUUUAGUGAAGUUGAUCUUACAAAAUUGCGUACGUUAAUUUCAAAAAAUUUCAACUUUGACAUCAUGUUAUCAAAUUUUAAAUGCUUACGCGUUUUAAAAUUAUUCGGGGAUAGUAUAAUAGAGUUGCCAGAUUCAAUUGAGCAAUUAAUACAUUUGAGACUUCUUCACAUCUCAUACUCUAAGAUUGAAGUAUUAUUACCAAAAUCCAUCACCAAACUUUACAAUUUGCAAACUUUAAGAAUUGAAGGCUUUUUACACGGGCUUCCGGAAGACCUAAGCAAUUUGAUUAACUUAAGACAUAUUCAUAUUUAUUGGGAUUGUGAUUAUGAUAUAAAAACACCCAAAAAUAUGAGUAUGUUGACUUGCCUUCAAACAUUGCUAUUUUUUGGUGUGGGUUCAGAGGAUGGCUAUCGGAUUACAGAAUUGGGAGCUUUAAAGAAUCUCAAAGGAGAAAUAGAAAUAAAGAAUCUAGAGUACGUGAAAGAUGAGGAAGAAGCCAAAAGUGCAAAAUUAAAAGAAAAGGAAAUAUUCAAGUUGGGAUUAUACUGGAGUUUUGACAGAGAAGAGGAGGACGACAUGUAUGAUGAUGAAAAGGUGUUGGAAGGCCUCCAGCCUCACCCAAAUUUGAAAAGCUUAACAAUUUAUGAGUAUAGAGGAAAGAAAUUCCCAUCAUGGGUUGGUUUGUCUUCGCUAUAUCACAAUUUGAUUGAGAUCAGUUUGCGAUCUUGUAGGGAAUGUGAAGAAGUUCCCACUCUGGGGCAAUUACCCUGUCUUAGGGUUCUUGAAAUAUACGGAAUGGGGAAGGUAAGAUGUAUAGGAAGUGAGUUUUACUUUUACAGUGAUGGGAGUUACAGAAAUACUACUACAUUAUUAUUUCCGGCAUUGAGAAGACUCAAAUUGGGUUGGAUGGUUAGCUUAGAAGAGUGGAAGGAUGCAAAGGAGUUGACAACCGUAGAUGAGGUGUUCUUUGUGUUUCCUUGCCUUGAGGAGUUGACCCUUAGAAGUUGUUAUAAACUGAGAGAUUUGCCAGAGUCACUGCACACCUGCGUUUCCCUUCAGAAGUUGGUAGUGCUGGAUUGUCCUAAGCUGAGGUCAUUGCCAGGUGUCCGGUCCAUAAUAAAGUGUGGUAUUGAAGACCCACCCAGUGGGUUACAAUAUUUGGAGAAUGGGGAUUGUCGUCCUUCUACUUCCUCCAUUCACCCCUCCCUCCAAAAGCUCAAAUUGCAUGAGUCACACCUGGACCAAAUUCAAUACUUCAUUGCCCUUAAAAUUCUGUGGAUACAGAGUUUUCAUGGAAUCAAAUCGUUGCCAGAGGGGUUGGGCAAUCUUUCCUCUCUUCAACAGCUUUAUAUUAUGAAUUGCCGGAACUUGGUGCAUCUGCCCACCGAGGAAGCCAUGCGACGCCUCACCCAAUUGAAAAAGCUGAUCAUUUUUAAUUGCCCCGAAUUUGAAGACAAUGAGCGGAUCAAGAUUAGCCACGUUCCAUGGGUUAAAAUCAAUGAUCAGUACCCAGAUUGCAAAGAUUUUGAAGACUAACACAGAAAGAUGGCAAGAAGUUUGCAUCUGGAAAAAUAAUUAACUUAAUGACAACUGAUGCCCAGGCACUUCAGGGACCUGCCAAAAUUAGAAUUUUAAGGCAAACUCAUGAAGCUCAGAAAUGUUUGUGUCUG